CCAUUGCUAAAUGCUUCUCUUUUUUCGAAACUAUGCUUUAUGUGGCCAUAUCCGAUUCUCAAACUAGGUCUCGAACGGCCUCUAGAGGACCGAGACCUCGCCGACUGUAUCGAAACCGAUACUUCUGAUUAUAACCGGGACUACUUUAAUAGAAUUUGGAGAGAGGAGCAAGGAAGAAACCCCAAAAAUCCGAGCCUCCACCGAACCUUGCUAAAUGAUUUUCUAAGAACGACAUGGUUCGUUCAACCUCUCAUGAUGCUUGCGGCAACUGCAAAAGUCCUUCAGGCUGUGGCGCUUGGUCUCUUGAUCGAGUCUUUCGAAAAGGAAACAGAGGAUGGAUACUAUUGGGCGACCGCCAUUGUUGUUUCGGGCAUUGUCAUUUUGUUCGAACACCACCAUGUUUUUCUCGCGACCUGGAGGAAAGGUAUGCGCUUGCGCAUUUCUUGCGUUGCCGCAAUCUAUGACAAGUCUUUGCGUUUGUCUUCGACACAUCAAGACACGUCCGCCAGCUAUGGACGCAUUAUGAAUCUGGCGAGUAACGACGUGGAACGAUUUUUGUUGGCAUCCUUAUUCAUUAGCUACUUGUGGUGGGCCCCAAUCCAAUCGAUGGCAAUUCUAGUCGUGGGAAUUGUGCUACUUGGUCCUGCGUUUGCGGCCGGCUUUGGGUUGCUAAUUUGCGUGUUUGUACCGCUACAAUUCUAUUUGAGUGGCAAAUUUGCCUUUUACCGAUCGAAAAUUGCGGGGAUUACGGACAAGCGAGUGACCUUUGUUUCGCAAGCAGUACGUGGGGCUCGCGUGAUGAAAAUGUCGGGAUACGAACACCGAUUUCUGGAACGCAUUCAAGACUUUAGACGAGAAGAAACGGCGCAAAUCGCGAAAGCAAAUCGACUGAAAUCUUACAACGAGGCACUCUUUUUCUCUACCAAUGUGGUUAUUUCUCUCGUGAUAUUUGUGGUCCACGUUUUUUCGGGAGGGGUACUUCGGCCCGGCGAUGUAUUUACAGUAUUUACUCUGAUCAACAUUCUGCAAUUGGAAAUGACUAAGCACGUCUCGCUUGGCGUUAUGGGCGCUAGUGAAUGUUACGUUUCGAUUGGACGGAUUCAGAAGUUUCUCGAAUUUCCUGAACUGCCAUCAAUGGCCUCGAAGCAUGAAAGCAACACUUCUAAAAAUCUUUCAAAACCUGUGUUGGGCCACAAUAAUAAUAUAACCGUCGAUUUCCACUUCGGCGAGGUCACCGCUGUGAUUGGUACGGUUGGAAGUGGUAAGAGUGCCCUGCUUCAAGCCCUUGUGGAUGAGUUACCAAUCUCUGCAGGAACUUUCAGCAAGCACUUUUCGACGCUGUCAUACGCAGCACAAGACCCAUGGAUUAUGGACGGAACUGUCAAGGAAAACAUCACGAUGGGUCGCGAAGUUGACGAAUUGUGGUAUACUGAAGUCGUCAACGCUUGCGGAUUAGCAAUGGACUUUCGUCAAUUCCGUGACGGUGACCAAACUAUCGUCGGAGAUCGGGGAGUGCAGUGUAGUGGAGGACAACGCGCACGCAUUGGAUUGGCACGAGCUAUCUACAGGGAUGCAGAUGUCCUUGUUGCCGAUGAUCCUUUGUCAGCAGUCGAUGCAAAAGUGGGGCGGCAGCUCUUUCAGGAAGCUAUUAUGGAACUCGCUGUAGGCCGAGGGAAAUGCGUCAUUCUUGCAACUCAUCAGCAUCAAUAUGUGCACGAAUGUCGCUGUGUACUAAUGAUUGCAGGACAAGUGGAAUGUAUUGGGACGUACGAGGAAUGUGUUACAGCAUCCGAUGGACGGCUCACGGCACACGCAGCUGACAAUGCUUCUGUCGAUACACUUGAAGACCCAGUUACGGAAAAAGAUGCAUUGAAAAUAGACACAUCGGAUGGAGUCGAAGAAGUCGAUUUGGACCCUACUUCCAUCGGCGAUGACAAUAAAGAAAUGAAUUCACAAGGCGUAGUACGUACAGAAACCUAUCUUAACUAUCUACGAGCGAUGGGUGGCGUCUGGAUUGGUUGCCUUCUCUUUGUGCUUUUCUCUAUGACACAAACUUCAGUACUAAUCACGAUCGCUUCCGUUGGGAGAUGGGCCGAGCGAUCCGAUAGUGAGCAAAGCGAUUGGGACAUCAUCGGGCUUUGCAUUGGUCUGGGUUGCUCGGUUGUGCUCUUCGCCGUCGUUCGUUCUUUGAUUACGUUCCGUUUGACUAUCAAAGCUUCUCAGCAACUUCACGACCGUAUGGCUCAAGCCGUCCUUAGAGCAAAGGUAGAGUUUUUUGAUACAAAUCCGCUUGGUCGAAUAUUAAAUCGUUUCAGCGCAGAUGUUGGUAGCAAUGACGAUUUACUUCCUGCGACACUUUUUGACUUCUUCAUGAUCGCUUUUAUUGUGCUUGGGGCUUUGAUUACGACAGUUGUCACCUUACCAUUCGCCCUCGCAGCCUUUCCGUUUCUACUCAUUUACUUUUACAACGUUCGAAAGGUAUUUGUGACGAGUUCUCGGGAGUUGAAGCGCUUGGAAGGUUUGGCUCGUUCACCCAUCUUUGCUAAAUUGAGUGAAUCUCUCGGCGGAAUUGCUACGAUACGCGCCAACGAUGCUCUAGUCUUUUUUCAGAAAAAGUUUCAGGAUGCUCAUGAUGCCCACACUCGUGCCUUUUUCGGUUUCAUGGCGGCCUCGCGAUGGGUUGGUUUCCGCAUGGAUUCCAUUAUGUUCUUGUUCUUGGCGAUUGUCAGUUUCUUGUCUGUCUUAUUUCAGACAAAAGGUUGGUUCGAUGUGGACCCGUCCAUCCUUGGACUAUCUCUGUCAAUGCUUCUGCAACUUGCCGGUGUCUUCCAGUGGUGCAUUCGACAGAGCGCUGAAGUGGUCAAUCAGAUGGUGAGCGUUGAGCGCGUUGUUGCUUUUGGGAACAUUGAACCCGAGGCCCCUUUAGAAAUUGAAGACGAAAACAUUGCGCUGAAGGAUGGCUGGCCAUCGGCUGGGGAGAUCGAAUUCGAGCAACUUUCGAUUCGUUACCGUUCUAGCCUUCCCUUAGCUUUAGAACAAGUCAGCUUCAAGAUUCCGUCCGGUGCACGCGUUGGUAUUGUCGGCCGCACAGGUAGCGGCAAAAGUACCGUCGUGCAAACACUCUUCCGUCUGCUUGAAGCAGAGCAUGGUCGAAUUCUCAUUGACGGAGUAGAUAUUGCCUCUCUCGGUCUCCACGCAUUGCGUACUAAAAUAUCUGUGAUCCCUCAAUCCCCGACGCUUUUUAGCGGGUGCUCGGUUAGAGAGAAUCUUGAUCUCUUUAACUUACACGAUGACGAAGCCUUACGUAAGGUUCUUGAUGACUGCCAUCUAACAGAUGUCAUCCGUGAUUUACCGCAGGGCUGGAACUCCUUGGUCGCGGAAGGCGGCUCGAACUUUUCUGUCGGCCAGCGGCAGUUGUUGUGCCUGGCUCGCGCAAUUCUUUCCAAAAGUCGUAUCCUCGUAUUGGACGAGGCAACGGCAUCAGUCGACCGCCGCACCGAUCAGCUUCUGCAAGAAGCGUUGCACGAGUCGUUUCAUGGUGGCACUAUCCUCGCUGUGGCGCAUCGUCUAGACACGGUGAUCGAGCACGAUCUGAUCCUUGUGUUGGGGCAAGGUCGAGUAUUGGAGUUCGGAACACCAGCAGACUUGUUACGAGGGAAUGGAGCAUUUGCUAGUAUGGUGAGCGAUACUGGUGACAGCAUGUCGAGGGAUUUACGGCAACGAGCGUUUGCGAAGGAGAAUAGUUGA